GCGGCAGGAGGCGAUAUGUCGAUAUGGCAAUUGUCAUAUCUUAUCGCACCGUCAAGAGAUCCCCCCGCGAUACCCCACUGGUCGAUUGAUGGCUCUGCGGACCCCCCAUAUAAGCUGGAGCUGUGGCCAUUCCGAAUUCAGACUGAACUUUCGGUUCAACCAAGCAGUAGUAGGAGCAGCAAAAUGAUUUUCACCAAAACACUUUUGGCCCUGGCCUUCGUCGCCAUAGCCAAUGCCCAGUUCUCCCCCAACUAUGAGUCGGGACGCAAUGGCAUGGUCCAUUUGUUUGAAUGGAAAUGGGAUGACAUUGCCGCCGAAUGUGAGAACUUCCUGGGCCCCUACGGCUAUGCUGGUUUGCAGGUCUCUCCUGUGAACGAGAACGCUGUUAAGAGCGGCCGCCCAUGGUGGGAACGUUACCAGCCCAUUUCCUACAAACUGACUACCCGUUCCGGCAAUGAGGAGCAAUUCGCCAGCAUGGUCAAGCGUUGCAAUGCUGUCGGUGUCCGCACCUAUGUGGAUGUUGUCUUCAAUCACAUGGCUGCUGAUGGUGGUACUUAUGGUACUGCUGGCAGUACUGCCGACCCCAGCACCAAGAGCUUCCCCGGCGUGCCCUUCUCCUCCCUGGACUUCAACCCAACUUGCUCCAUCUCCAACUACAACGAUGCCAACCAAGUGCGCAACUGUGAGUUGGUUGGUCUGCGUGAUUUGAACCAGGGCAACUCCUGGGUCCAGGACAAGGUUGUUGAGUUCCUUAACCACUUGAUCGAAUUGGGUGUUGCUGGAUUCCGUGUGGAUGCUGCCAAACAUAUGUGGCCCUCUGACUUGGGUGUCAUCUAUGGACGUCUGAACAACUUGAACACUGCUCAUGGUUUCAGCUCGGGUGCCAAGCCUUACAUCUUCCAGGAGGUCAUCGAUAUGGGCGGCGAGGCUAUUAGCAAGACUGAGUACACUGGCAUUGGUGCCGUUACCGAGUUCCGUCACUCCGACUCCAUUGGCAAGGCUUUCCGCGGCAAGGAUCAAUUGCAAUAUCUGGUUAACUGGGGCACCGCCUGGGGCUUCGCUGCUUCCGAUCGCUCUCUGGUCUUUGUUGACAAUCAUGACAACCAGCGUGGACAUGGAGCCGGUGGUGCUGACGUUCUUACCUACAAGGUGCCCAAGCAGUACAAGAUGGCUUCUGCCUUCAUGUUGGCCCAUCCCUUCGGCGUUCCUCGUGUGAUGUCCUCCUUCUCCUUCGACGAUACCGACCAGGGACCACCCACUACUGAUGGAACCAACAUUGCCUCCCCCGGAUUCAACAGCGACAUGUCUUGCAGCGGUGGAUGGGUAUGUGAGCACCGUUGGCGCCAGAUCUACAACAUGGUUGCCUUCCGCAACGCCGCCGAUGGCGCUGAAUUGCAGAAUUGGUGGGACAAUGGCAGCAACCAGAUCUCCUUCAGCCGUGGCAACAAGGCUUUCGUUGCAUUCAACAACGACAACUAUGAUCUGAACAGCUCUCUGCAGACCGGUCUUCCCGCUGGUACCUACUGCGAUGUCAUCUCUGGCGUGAAGAACGGCUCCUCUUGCACCGGCAAGUCGGUCACCGUUGGCUCAGAUGGUCGUGCCUCCAUCUCUAUCAGCAGCUCUGCUGAUGAUGGUGUCCUGGCUCUGCAUGUCAACGCCAAGUUGUAAAUCAAAAUUCUCCAACAGCUUUCACUCUGAGAUUAUUAACUUUAAAAUAAAAACGAUAUUGAGAUUAUAUACAAUUUAAA